UGUCCUUCCUUUCUCUUCCCAAGUCACAAAACUCUCCCCUCCCCUUCCUCGAACUCACAGCCCUCCUCCUGUUUCCGAUUUCAGACCGGAACCGGAAGCGUUGUGGGCGGGGCCGGCAGCGGAAAACGCCGCGGAGCCAGAGCCGGGACACGGCUGUGGCUGCUGCCUUACGCCCGCCACGGAUCGCUGGGUGGCAGGACUGCGCGGCUCCAGGCUGAAGGUCGGUCCGGAAGCGGGUGGGCGCGGGUCUCACCCGGAUCGUCCCGGCGGCACCGUCCCUGGGCCCCCCGGGCGCCGCGAGGGAUCAUGUCUACAGCCUCCGCCGCCUCGUCCUCCUCCUCGUCUUCGGCCGGUGAGAUGAUCGAAGCCCCCUCCCAGGUCCUCAACUUCGAAGAGAUCGACUACAAGGAGAUCGAGGUGGAAGAGGUUGUUGGAAGAGGAGCCUUUGGAGUAGUUUGCAAAGCUAAAUGGAGAGCAAAAGAUGUUGCUAUUAAACAAAUAGAAAGUGAGUCUGAGAGGAAAGCUUUCAUUGUAGAGCUUCGGCAGUUAUCCCGUGUGAACCAUCCUAACAUUGUAAAGCUGUAUGGAGCCUGCUUGAACCCAGUGUGUCUCGUGAUGGAAUAUGCUGAAGGGGGCUCUUUGUAUAAUGUGCUGCACGGUGCUGAGCCACUUCCCUAUUACACCGCCGCCCAUGCAAUGAGCUGGUGUUUACAGUGCUCCCAAGGGGUGGCUUAUCUUCACAGCAUGCAGCCCAAAGCGCUAAUUCACAGGGACCUGAAACCACCCAACUUACUGCUGGUUGCAGGGGGCACAGUUCUAAAAAUUUGUGAUUUUGGCACAGCCUGUGACAUUCAGACACACAUGACCAAUAACAAGGGAAGUGCUGCUUGGAUGGCACCUGAAGUUUUUGAAGGUAGUAAUUACAGUGAAAAAUGUGAUGUCUUCAGCUGGGGUAUUAUCCUUUGGGAAGUGAUAACCCGUCGGAAACCUUUUGAUGAGAUUGGUGGCCCAGCUUUCAGGAUCAUGUGGGCUGUGCACAAUGGUACUCGACCACCACUGAUCAAAAAUUUACCUAAGCCCAUUGAGAGCCUGAUGACUCGCUGUUGGUCUAAAGAUCCUUCUCAGCGCCCGUCAAUGGAGGAAAUUGUGAAGAUAAUGACUCACUUAAUGCGGUAUUUUCCAGGAGCAGAUGAGCCAUUACAGUAUCCCUGUCAGUAUUCAGAUGAAGGGCAGAGCAACUCUGCUACCAGCACAGGCUCAUUUAUGGACAUUGCAUCUACAAAUACCAGUAAUAAAAGUGACACUAACCUGGAGCAGCUUCCUGCUACCAAUGAUACUAUUAAACGCUUGGAAUCAAAAUUGUUGAAAAAUCAGGCAAAGCAACAGCAGAACGAAUCUGGACGUUUAAGCUUGGGGGCUUCUCGGGGGAGCAGCGUGGAGAGCUUGCCCCCAACCUCUGAGGGCAAGAGAAUGAGUGCUGACAUGUCGGAAAUAGAAGCGAGGAUCGCCGCAACCACAGCCUAUUCCAAGCCUAAACGGGGCCACCGUAAAACCGCUUCAUUUGGCAACAUUCUGGAUGUCCCUGAGAUCGUCAUAUCAGGCAACGGACAGCCAAGACGUAGGUCCAUCCAAGAUUUGACUAUAACUGGAACAGAACCUGGUCAGGUAAGCAGUAGGUCAUCCAGUCCCAGUGUUAGAAUGAUCACUACCUCAGGACCAACCUCAGAAAAGCCAACUUGGAGUCAUCCAUGGACACCUGAUGAUUCCACAGAUACCAAUGGGUCAGAUAACUCCAUCCCAAUGGCUUACCUUACCUUGGAUCACCAGCUGCAGCCUCUAGCACCGUGCCCAAACUCCAAAGAAUCUAUGGCAGUGUUUGAACAGCAUUGUAAAAUGGCGCAAGAAUAUAUGAAAGUUCAAACAGAGAUUGCAUUACUAUUACAGAGAAAGCAAGAACUAGUUGCAGAACUGGACCAGGAUGAAAAGGACCAGCAAAAUACAUCUCGUCUGGUACAGGAACAUAAAAAGCUUUUAGAUGAAAACAAAAGCCUUUCAACGUACUAUCAGCAAUGCAAAAAACAACUAGAGGUCAUCAGAAGUCAGCAGCAGAAACGACAAGGCACUUCAUGAUUCUCUGGGACCGCUGAAUUUUAAAAUAUGCAAAGAAGGACUUUUUUUUUUAAGGAAAGAAGAACCCUUUUGAUGACAAUUCAUGAGUGUUAGCUUUCUGGAGUGUUCUGAAUGCAUCUGCCUACAUUUGCUGCAUUGUUUCAUUGUUUAUUUUCCUUCUCUCAUGGUGGACAUGCAGUUUUACUGUCUCAUCACGUAACAUGGUGGCACCUGCAACUUGACUAAGCAGCAGCUCUCAACUUGAGAACAGACACAGUGAGCACUGGCCGUGCGUGCAUGCUCUGUGUGAGGGCUGGCCUGACGGGACAGACGGUAUCCCGCUGGCUGCUAUGCGCUGACUUCAUCCUUUUUUCCAUAUUAGAGGUGAAACCUCAAGAAUGAUUUUAUUCUUGUAUCUCAUCAAAAAACUAAUGAUUUUUUCCCCCCAAAAGAUGGUAUAUACCAAGUUAAGACAGGGUAUUAUAAAUCUAGAAUCAUUGGUGGUUCAUUUCAGAAAUACAGAGCUCUUAGGGAUAGUUCACAGUGAAGGCUUUGAUGCCAGUAUCCUUGGGUCAGUACUGAACUUAGUUCCAUCUAGGCAAUAUUUAAAGGUAAGUAGCAGCUGCUGUAUUUAAA